CUAUCACAUGACAAAGGCUUUGAGACAGCUUCAUCUUCGUCUGUCUGUAAUUUCCAUUUGCCUUCCUGGGUCACAGUAAUGAAAGGCAGUAGUAGGAAUAAGGAUCAUUCGACAGAAGGAGAAGGAACUGGGAAGCGACCAAAAAGAAAGUGUCUUCAGUGGCAUCCCCUGCUUGCUAAGAAACUCCUUGACUUCUCUGAAGAGGAGGAGGAGGAAGAAGAGGAGGAAGAUAUUGAUAAGGUGCCGCUCCUUGGCGCUGACAGCUUAGAGCAGGAUGCUGAUGAAACCGAAGAUGACGAGUCCUCAGAGCAACGAGCUCGCCGACCAAUGAAUGCAUUUCUCUUGUUCUGCAAACGCCAUCGCUCUCUUGUGCGAAAACAACACCCUCGCCUCGAUAAUCGUGGCGCAACCAAGAUCUUGGCAGAUUGGUGGGCUGUUCUAGAUCCAAAAGAAAAGCAGAAAUACACUGACAUGGCCAAGGAGUACAAGGAUGCAUUUAUGAAGGCAAAUCCAGGGUACAAGUGGUGCCCCACAACAAACAAACCUGUGAAAACCCAGACAUCCACUGUUACAAACAGGAAAAAACUAUGGGCCUUUGCAUCAGAGUCUGCAAAAGAUUUACCAAGUCCACGGAAAGCGACAAAAAGUGAAGAAAUGCCACAGCUUAACUUCGGGAUGGCAGAUCCUACACAAAUGGGAGGCCUGAGUAUGCUGCUUCUAGCAGGGGAACAUGCCCUGACUGCACAAGAGGUUUCCUCGAGUACUUGCCAAUCUGAUGCAACUAAUUCUACGGAAGCCUGUCAGAAGUCAUCGUUGUUUCAGUUUGCGGAGAUCUCAUCAAAUACUUCCCAGUUGUCAAGUCCUGAGCCAGUAAAGCACUGUGGGAAGUCGGCACUCUUCCAGUUGGCAGAGAUUUCUUCAAGUACAUCCCAUUCAAGUCCUUCUGAUUUAACAAAACAGUGUGGAACAUCAGCAUUAUUUCAGCUGGCGGAGAUGUGCCUUGCUUCAGAAGGAGUAAAAGUGAAAGAACCUGGGAACACAAAAGUGGAAGCACCGGAAGAUGUGGGAGGAGAAGUUCCAGAGGAAAUGGAAGUAGAAGAACUGGAGAAAACAACAAUAAAAGACUCCUGUAAAGGAAAACUAGAACAGUCAGAGAGAGAGAAAAUGCAAAACCGGGAUGAGACAAAAGCUGAGGAAUCAGAAACUGCAAAAUGCAGAGAUUUUACUAGUCUUGCAAUGGAGAACAGUCCUUUUGAGAGAGAUGAUAACACAAAGGAUCACAUGUGCUGUUCUCCAGAGCUUUCAAUGGCUGACAUGAAUAUCCUCGGGCUAAAGCCAGAAAAGAUAAAGAAGAAAAAGAAAAAAAAUAAGUUGGACCGGCACACAAAUGAAAAAUCCACCCCCAAGAAACCUUGUAAAAAGAGGCAGUCCUCAGAGUCGGACAUUGAAAGUGUAAUGUAUACAAUUGAAGCCGUUGCAAAGGGGGACUGGGGUGCUGAGAGACUUGCGGAAACUACCCGCAAAAAAAACCGCCCUGUCUCAAAUGUGAAGGGAAGCGUGUUGGAUACAAAAUCACCAAAGAAAAAAGUGAAAUCAAAAGAGAAGAAAACAUCAAAGGAGAAAGCCACGGAGACCACCAAAGAAUCAAAGCCUCCUGAUUUCCUUAGUAUUGCAGCCAGCAAGGAAGUACCGUGUGAGGCUUCUGAUAACAUUAAAGUGGAACCACUGACCCCAACAGAGGAGGUGGUACCCCAAAGCUUACCAGGACAGGUCAAAACUGAGGACAGUGACUGUGUUAAAAAGAUAGAAACCUGUGGCUCCAGGAAAUCAGAGAGAUCUUGCAAAGGUGCUCUUUAUAAAACUCUGGUGUCAGAGGGCAUGCUCACAUCUCUGCGCGCUAAUGUGGACAGAGGAAAAAGAAGCUCAGGAAAAGGCAACUCCUCAGAUCAUGAAGGAUGCUGGAAUGAAGAAAACUGGGCUUUUUCCCAAAGUUGGACAAGUGGGAGCAAAAAACUGAAGAAGCCUAAGCCAAAGGAAGAGUUUGUUUUUGGGAAAAAUUCAGCUGUUCCAAGGAAAAAGAGGAAGGUUGGAAGCAGCUCAUCCGAACAACCAAAAUCCAGCAAAGGUUCAUUCCAGUCUCAGAAAAAGAACUUAUUCCACAAAAUUGUCAGCAAAUGUAAGCACAGAAAGGAGAAGCUUAAUGUUCCGGACACAGCCAUACUUUCAGAAGACAGAAUUUCCAGUGAGUCUGCCUGGAAGAAUAAAAUUUCUAUAUCUGCCCUAAACACUCCAGAGCCAGCCAUGAUGCAUGAGCCUUUAGUUGGCAGCCAGAAAAGGAAAGCAAGGAAAACUAAGAUCACUCAUCUUGUCCGAACAGCAGAUGGUCGAGUGUCACCAGCAGGAGGGACACUAGAGGAGAAGCAAAAAGAGCUGCCACAAAGUACUCUUCAAAAAACAUCAAGUGCAGAAACAGAUUGCAACAGUGAAUGCUCCAGAAAUGCAGAGACAGAAGAAAAUCAUAGUAUUACAUCAGAUAUGCCAGCAGUGUCUGCAUUUUUUAGCUUAGCUGCUCUGGCAGAAGUAGCAGCCAUGGAAAAUGUACACAGAAAUCAGAGGGCCACACCUCUCCCACAUGACGGACAGCCAAAUGAAAUGUCUCAGGCUCCAGUGCUUAUUUCCUGCGCUGACCAGUGAAGCUCCACUUCAUUGUAAAACAUUGUGCUUUACCUAAUAUCCUAGCCUUGUCUUUACCAAGGGAAGCUAGUCAGUCCAUAUGAUGGAAACUAUAGACUGCAAGCAAGUGCUUAUUGCUCUGAGUGGCCCAGAAUUCACUGGAAGCCAGACGUUAGCAACUUGGGUCAGGUCCUCAAAUCGGAACCCAGUAUGUAGGAGGGUGAUAUUGUCUAUUAAUGAACAGAAAUGGAAUGAUCCCAGAGCUUGCUUUCUAUUGAAGGCUUUUAAACAGUAAAUAGGUGGUUGGUGUGAAAAAGGCUGCCUUUACUGUUAGCUCACACAGCAUCUCUUUUACCAACCAGAGAGUACGGCAACUAGUUUCGUAUAAUACCUAGUUAUUCUAAAUGAAAAUGAAAAAAAAAAAAAAAAAACCAACAACAACAAAAACACUGACGCACUGCACUAGUUAUUAUUAGAUAUUCUUAGUCAUUUUUGUACAUGAAGAUUUAAGUUCUAAGAUGGUUUAUAUUAAUAGGUUAUGCCUACGUUUAUAUUGUAGAAUGAAUUUAAAACCUGUUCCAGAGAACUCAAGGCAGCCUGGACAGAUGUACCAUUGUUAGCGGUGUUUGGGCAGCCAUGUGGUCCAGAUGUUCUGCACUUUUAUAUUUGCCACCGGAGUGGUAGAGUUUACUGGCAAAAAUUCUGACAGGCUAUGUUUGGGUUUGUUUCUUUUUAAUUUAGCUUUGAAUAACCAGGAUGAUGUGCAUUAGAAAAAGGAGUGGUGUAUGGAAAAGAAAAUACUGCAGAUAAUUGACUUGUCUUUCAUGCCUUGGAGGGUUCCUUUAUUUUUGCAUAGAUAUCUGAGCGACUUGGUGAAACUUUCGUGUAAACAAAAAGUACUGCAAAUGCAUUUUUCAAAAGUGACCUUAGUAUUAUUUCACUGUUCUGAAAAACCUAAACCCAUGACUUUUCGAUAUACAUGUACACCAAUACACAUACCUUUUACAUUUUACAGACACUGGCAUUGUUGUAGUUACUAUGCACAGUCCAAAUCAGCUUCAGAGUUUGCGUAAAGGGCCGAUUACAGUUUGUGUUGGUAAAGUGGCAAGUUGUAUACAGAUAAACUACAACCGAAGAGUAAUGUUUGACUGAAUUCAGACUACCAAACAGAUCCAUCUGCCAGUUUCUGUCUUUGCUUAUGUUGAAUUUUUGUGUUUUGCUCUCAUCAAUACAUCCCAAAAGCAGGCCAAAUGUAUCACUUGACCUGUUACCUUCGCUAUCUUGACUUACACUAUUGUAUAACCAAGCAUCGAUUCCUACCAAUAGAUGCAAAACGAUCACUAGUAAUUGAUCUAAAGCUACAAAUUCAACAGGGUACUUCUUCUAUAGCACAAGAUGUUUCCCUACUUUUUGCAUUGUAGCACAACAAUUUACCAAAUUGGACUCCAGCAAUAAUUUUCUAUUAGUCUUCGUCACACCGGCUGAACUUUUGAUAGUAUUAGAUUGAGUUUGAAGUUCUUUGAAUUAAGUCUUUAAAUGAUGCGAGUUUACAUCAUUCUAUCAGGCAUUCUUAUUUAUACUUGACUGAAUUGAAAAUGUGUUUUGGGGUUAUUUUGUAACUAAUUUGACGUAAUAGCCAUAUGGACAGUAACUCUAUUAAUGCUUGCUAGGUUUAGCCUUUCAUUGUUGUAGUUAAGUGAAAGACUUUGGUUCAGUGUCAGGAGACAAUAUACAACAUACCACAUGAGUUGUAACAAAGGAUUAAAGGUCGGACAAAAGGCAGGUAGCUGGGGAAGAACCAUCAAGGAUGCAUGUGUUGGAAGAAGGGAACAACAACAAAAGAACAACAAAAUCUAUGAGCCAAUGAGUCAGUGAAAAGGCUUUUUAAAAAUUCAGGUGAAUAUAUGACUAAGAGCCCCUAGAAUGCCAUUGCAGCCUAUGGCAGUAUUUUUAAUAAGAUUUUAUUAAAGUUUUAUAAGUUAUUUUAACAAGACAGGAAAAACGUAGAAGACUUAAAACUGUUGGGUCACAGCAAGGUGGCUGUUGGAGUUUUGGACCACUUUAUAAUUAGCUGAAAUCCAAAUAUGUUACAGUGCAGGCCGUUCACGUUGACAAUGGUACUAACUUAUUUCUCUAGAAACCUUUAGAGUAGAUAUAUUUUUGUCAAAGCACCCCAUCCUUCCUCGAUUUAAAUUUCAAUAUUGUUCCUGAAGAUAUUUCUGUAUAUUAAAGGUACCUUUUUUAAAAGAAACAGAAAAUUACUUUUUUCUAUAUGAAUUAAUAUCUUACUUGAUCUGCUUUUCCUUGACUUUCCCUUAGAGAGGGGGUAGGGUUGGGUCAGUUUACUGGAUAUGACUGUUUUCAGAUACUUAUAAACCUUUUUGUAGAUAUGCUUAAUUUUUAAGCGAUUAGGCACUGAGAGUAGCAGAAAUCCUGCAAAGCUUUAUAGUUCACUAGGCAUUUGCCUUUGUUGGUUCUCUGAGUGAUGUCUUGAUUUCAAUAGCUAGAAUUUUCCCUGAAUCUACUAGAAGGGGUAUCAGUAUUUUCAGGUAACAAAGUCUGUUAGCACAACAAAAAUUUCAGACCAAUAUCUUACUGUAUUGGGGUUGGGUUUUUUCCUUGUUUGUUUUGUUUUAAUUUUUAUUAAUUUCAGCUGCUUUCAUUUUGGAAAAUCUUAUUGCUAUUGUGUGUACUUCAGUAUACCAGCAAACACUGUUACCCGUUAACACAUUGUCCACAAAUGCCUCUAGAGAAGAAAUUGUUGCACCUUAUGUAUAUCUCAAGCAAACCAAAAUAUGAUGCUUUUCUGCUUUGUUUAUUCUGAAUAUGUUGUAUCAUACUUUACUGAACCCAUUUUAACUUAGCUAAAGCUAUCGAUAUUUAUGCCUUUCACGUUAUUUUCUGGAUCUGAACCUGUGUAUAAAUCUUUCUUUAAAAAAAAAGAAAAGCAUUUACCGUAGUCGUCCUCUGUGACUUAUCCAUGGGAGGGGGGGAAUCUUGUCUCAAGUGUAAAAUGCAGUACUGUCCCAGUUUUCCUUGGCUUUUAUUUAUUUAGUGAUCUUUGAUAUUUCAUAUGUAGUUUUGAGGUAUACAAAAUACAUUGUCGUAGCCGAAGCUACAGAUCUAAGCAGCUGGGAGAAAAUUACUGUAAUGUCUUCUUAAUUGUUCUAGUACUGUAUACAAAUAUGGGAAAAAUGUUCUGCAGAACAUUUGAGAUGCAGAUUCUUAUCCCCACAGUAGGUUAUUUUCCAGAUAUUAGACCAAAUCAAUCAAAACUCAAUGAUCUUAAAGGUCUUUUCAAACCUAAAUGAUUCUAUGUUUCUAUGAUUCGAAAAACAUCUAUGGAUAUUACUUAAUGCUCUGCUUAUGGCAGUAACUACCCCUUGAAUGUGCUGUGAUUUCAGAAAUAGAAUAUAUUUAUUUAAGAUGACUGAAUGCUCUUUUAUACUAAUACAAUAUCCCAAAGUCAUGAGCAAGAGACUUCUUGGUAGUUUGGGUUUCUAUUUUAUAGCAUUGGUGCAUGACUUUUGAAAUUAAAGUGAUAAGCGUUGUUGGAAAGGGGCACAGGAACAAGGGACUGGUAGAAGCGUGUGAACUUGUGGUGUUUAAAUUCCAGCUUUGGUCCUUAUUACUUGGGUGAAAGCUGCCUUUGUAGCACAAGGCUGAAGAGCACUGCAGUGUGUAUCAAGUAGAAACCCAAGAGGGUUGUAACUCACAUCAGAACAAGGGAAUGCCUUAUAGUUUGGAUGCUCUCUUUUGGGACAGGAUAUUAAAUUGAAGCUGUUUUAAUUUCCACUGCCUGUUUAGCUACUGUACGGAUACUGAACAGACUGAAGGCAACAGUUGUAGACGUGGGACAGCUAAGAGAGGGUGAAAGGAAAGCUGGCCUUUGUUCUCAGUGUGGCAAAGCUAUGGCAACAAAGGGGAAUUAGGAAGAAAGAUAGAUGUGUAUAUAUAUGCGUGUGUAUGCGUGUGUGUGUGCGCGCCUGGGUGUGUACAUUCUGAAAAAAAGAGUAGGAAAAAGAAAAACAUGAUGGGUCUACAAGAGACUAUAAUGUAUGUUGACCCUUUGAGUGCACUCCCUGUUUUUGAAUGCUGAGUCUAAUAUGGCUACCUCUACCAAAAGACUACUUUUGUUAACUUCCAUUUGCUUUCAGGCUUGAUCGUGUAAUCUUUUCAGCCAUUGAUACCAUUUGUAUAUCACUGUGUGGUUUACUUUCCAAGAGCAACAUUUAUAUAGCACAGACAACGUAAAGGCUGAAUAUACAGUGGUAGCCAAACUAUAUUGCUGGAGCAUUUUUGUUUAACCUCUGCCAUAGUCAUAUGGGUUGCAGGAUGUGGGCCCGCUAGCUCUAGUUGGUUCAGUGAGAUUGGCUUUUGUAACAGCAGAAAAUGCAGUGCUCGUGGAGUGGUGGACUUCAGAUACUGCCAGAGGUGACGCAGUAAGCUAAAUGCUGCUCUUGAAACUUAUUCUGGAGUUUGUUUGCAAUCCUGAUUUUGCAAGGAAACAUAACUGUGCAACUUGUGUGUUGUACGCCAUACGUUAUCCAUUAGGUGCCGUUUGUUUGCCGUGCUUGUUCAAUAGAUUGUAGAGCUCCUAGGUAUCUUUGCCAUGUUUUGUAAUACUUGUGGCAUUCUCCUUACCUUGUACAUAUUGUGGAACUGUCACCUACAGCUGCCAGGAUGCUGAGGCACUUCAGGACACUGAGCGCUGUGAACGAGUGCAUUUAGGCUGUGAAAGAGUUACUUGCCUCCUCCCCUGAAUUCCCCAAUAAAAAGGCACAGUGAGGUUUAUGCUCUCACCUAAGUACUAUUAUAGUCAUUUAUAUACUCAGUAUUUUCUACUGAAUUGACAACUUUGAAGAAGCUUAUGAGAUGGAUGUAUAUUUUAUGUUCCCCCACUAAUUCUUCUAAGGCAGAAAUCUAGGAAGACUUGACAUGAGGUCUCCGCUCAGCAACACACCUAAGCUUACGCUGAAAACCAUCCUUACUUAAGGGGUAGCAUUGUUGUCUGCACUGUGACAGUGCAGGAGCCCCGAUUAUGGACCACUACGCUCUUGGAGUUAAGCUUGGGCUUGUGUGAUGUUCCUGGGGGAGGCAUGUCAUUGUGACCUAGGGCCUUCAUUGACAUGGAAUUUUAAAAACGACUGCGAAUAGUGUAACAUUUGUUGAGUUCUUCCAAAGAAUUGUAUUGUAGUUUCUGGGUCUUGACUGUUACCAUAUACCAGCAGACCCACACUGUACUCUACUGGAAAAAAACACACCUGUACAGGCUAACUAACCAGGCUUCCCAAUGUAAUGGUCUAAUCUACUCUUUUCGCCCCUACAGCUGAAACCUUAUUUUCCCACACACUGCUACACUUUAAUCAGUGGUUGGGGCUUUGAAGGUGACAAAAGCAAGAGAGGCGUAUGUGUGCAUGUGUCUGUGUGUAUGUGUACAUAUGCAUACAUGCACACACAUCGGAGCGCAGUGACUUGGAACAUGUUCUCUGUACAAAAGUGUUCCCAUGUUAGGUCAUAAAACAAUAUGAGGUUUCUCAGACGAUAAUUUUCCAGCUUUCCUGCUAGAUUUUGGUCUCUUUCCUUCACAUUGCACCGUAAGGUGUGAUUUUCAAAAAUCACACUUGAAAAAAACCACAGAUCCUGCUGACCUGGAUACUAUGAAAACCUUCUUUCUCAGCAGUGCUUGCUUUUAAUAACCAGUAUCUGUUGACAGUUUUAACACAACUGAUUUGCUAUGAUCUUUCUUCCUAGAGCCCAAUCCUUCAACUUUUAUGCUCACACAUAAUUCCACUGAAUUUUGACCCAGUAUUUGGCUUUAUUCUCUCCAAAGCUUGGUGUAAACAUGCCUUACAAUAGUUCAUCUCCAUCAAUGGUAUAACAGAGCUACUGCCUUCUUAGAUGUGUGUAGUUAAAAGUCAAUAAGCACAUUUAUAGAAUGUCAUAGUUUCUUCAAAAACCUCUAAUUUGAUAUUUUUAAGUGCACAUGUUAAGUCAUGUGUAUAACAUGCUAAAGUACAUUAAACUGUGAUAAUGAAACUGAAUAAAAUAUUUAAUAAAAUAUUUGAAAUAUUUCAUAAGGACCUUCAAAUAGAUUUCUUUAUGUUCAUUCUAUUUUGGUUAUCUAGUGUGUGCCUGUAAACAGUUUCCCAUUUAAAACUAAUGAUUGCAAAUAAAUACUAUUCAAACAGAGCUUCUUUGAUA